AUUAAUGAGAAAUAACUUUAGUGUUUAAUAGCUGCAAUAGCUAAAAAUGUCAAAUGUGGAUAAAACUUUGCCAGACAAGGUCCAGUUUACGUGAAAUUCAUCAACUUUGACACAUUUGUGACAGAUAUUUUAGCCUUUUGACUAAAUGUGUUGGACAUACUCCACUAGGGGGUGCUGUAAAUGUAAGAAAAACAAACAAACUAGGCAGUCUGCAACCCUGCUUAGUCAGGUUGUGCAUCUCCUUGAAUGAACACCUGAAAGCAUUACCCAAUGUAGAUGUUAUUUAGGUCUCUUCACUCUUGAAUUCAAUGUAAUUUCUUUUGCUUUCUAUUCAUGAUUUUUAGUGAAGAAGCGCCUCCUCCUCCUCCACCACCUGUCGUCUACUUCCGCUACACGGACGACACCCUUCGAAUGUUGGCCAGCAGACUAAAAGAGCGCACAGAGAUUCUCAGAGAGAAGGUAAUAGACCCAUACGCCACAUCUCCAGAAAUCACCCCUCCUGUCACUCCUAUUCUGAAGAAGGAGGACUACCUCAAGCUGAAGGAAGAGGAGCGGAUUGCGAAAGAGGAGGCAGACAAAAAGAAGGCAGAAGAAGCAGCCAAAAAGGCCGAAGAGAAGAAGAAAAAGGACGAGGAGAAAAGACUGGAGGCUGAGAAGAAGGCGGAGGAGGAGAGGCAGGCGGAGGAGGCCAGGAAAAAAGCCAAGAUCCUCCCGGAUAUCAGCUGCUCCUGCUUCGACGUCCUCUUCCACCCCAUCGAGGUGAAGAUGGACGAACUUUUGGGAAUGACUAUCGAUCCUUUCACAGAUCGUCGAUAUAUCGCGUGGCUGACCUUUGUAGCGGUGGCGUACAACUACAACGUCUGGUUCUGCUCUGCCCGGCUGGCCUUCCCGUUCCACAAUGUGUACGCAAACCCGUGCUGGAUAUUCUGCGACAUCCUCAGUGACCUUGUGAACGUUAUCGACAUCAUCAUCUGGCAGCCUCGGCUCCAGUUUGUCAAAGCCGGAGACAUUAUUAAAGACAGAGCCAUGACCAAGGUACACUAUCGGAAGUCACAGCGAUUCAAGACGGACAUAAUCAGCAUCCUCCCCUUCGACCUUCUCUGCCUGCACUUUGACUUCUCCUCCAUUUACCGACUCAACCGCUUCAUCAGGGUUGAGUCCUUCUUCGAGUUCAGUGAUCGACUGGAGAGCAUCAUGGCCAAAGCUUACAUCUGGAGAGUUGCCCGCACCACAGGCUACCUGCUUUACAUGCUCCAUCUCAACGCCUGCAUUUACUACGUUGCCUCAGUAUCACAGGGUCUUGGAAAAACCACAUGGGUGUACAGCGGAAACGGCACAGCGUACCUGCGCUGUUACUACUACGCAGUCCGCAGCCUCAUCAACAUCGGGGGUCUCCCAGAACCUGUGACCACCUUUGAGAUCAGCUUCCAGAUGGCGAACUUUUUCAUUGGAGUCUUCGUGUUCUCCAGUUUGAUCGGACAGAUGAGAGACGUCAUUGGAGCGGCUACAGCAGGUCAGACUUAUUUUCGGGCCUCAAUGGACGGCUGUGUUGAAUACAUGAACACCUACACCAUCCCCAAGCUGGUCCAGAACAGAGUCCGGACCUGGUACAACUACACCUGGGCCGCUCAGGGCAUGCUGGACGAGUCUGAACUGCUGGACAAGUUGCCUCUGGUGAUGAAGACGGCCAUCGCAGUGGACAUCAACCUGGGAACCUUCCAGAAGAUUGCACUGUUUCAGGGCUGUGACCAGCAGAUGUUAGUGGACAUGUUACUGAGGCUCAAGUCCAUCAUCUACCUGCCUGGAGACUUUGUUGUGAAGAAGGGAGACAUCGGCAAAGAGAUGUACAUCAUCAAGAGUGGAGCGGUGCAGGUGGUGGGAGGACCUGACAACAGCAUUGUGUUUGUCACCCUGAAGGCUGGAUGUGUGUUUGGAGAAAUCAGUUUACUACAAUCCGCUAAAGACGGAGGAAACCGACGCACAGCUAACGUGAAAGCACACGGCUUCGCUAACCUCUCUGUCCUGGAGAAGAAGGACCUGUUUGACAUCCUGGUCCACUACCCAGAGUCUCAGAAAGUGUUGGCCAGGAAGGGCAGGAAACUGGUCAAAGCCAAAGGUCCUGCAGGUGCUAAACCCGACGAGGACAAGAAGAAAGGCAUGACUCUGUUUGGACCAAAACCACCCACGCCCAAGUUCCUCAGAGCCUUUGGCAAUUUCCGUAAAGGAGGGCUCCUCGAACAGCUCAAGAAAAGUGCAGCAGAGCAGCAGUAAGACGGGACGAGUGAUGUUUCUGAGCAUCAUUUUCUAUAUUCUAUUUAUGGGCCACUGGAUUUUAGUCCAUUCUUCAGGCAACAAAACCACAAGAGAAGAAAAACACUAUGACCAGAAUAGAAACUGAUAUCCCUCUAAACCUUUGGAGAUUCCUUCGAGACAGAUCUAACCUGAUCAGUGCCAGUAGCCAUGUCAGAGGCUCAUGUUUGAAGUUUGUAAAUUGUGCAUCGUUUUUUAUAUAAAACUAAAUGUAUAACUGAACCAGUCCUCAGCCUAAUUACUCACUCAUAAUAUAUGUUUUAUUCUCUCUUUGGUUUGCUUUUGGAUGUUAUUUGAAUAAACUUGAAUGUUAACAUGAGCAGCAUUAUUUUCCAUUGAUCUAAAGAGCGCCACCUACUGUGUGACAUUAGGAUAAACGGAUUAGUUUUAACCAUAUAGUCAGCAAGGAAGGAAAACAGUGUGGGCGAGCUGCCGCCUGCCGCCCCUGAGGUGCUAGACAGUUUGCUGGAACCUUUUCCUCCAUAGCCUCGCCAAACUCCUCCCACACCUAACCACCCAUCCGUCCACCCAGGACAACCCCAACAUACAGGAAGAGAGCUUGCCGCAAGCAAAGAAAAACGUCGUGGAAGAGGGUCCAACCUCUGUCAAGCAUUUGGGUUCCAGAGCCAGCUUCCAUAAGCCAGGAUCAGACCACCCAGGUCCCCUUAGUCUGCUGCCAGACUCUGCUCCUCCUGCGAGUGGUGGGUCCUGCUAACCCUCCAGGCUGGGUACACAUGCUCUGAUUCUUCUUCAUUCAUGGUGUUUUUUAUUCUUUGUUUUUUUUCUUUGAUCUCAAAAUUUGACAAGGGAACACUUUCAUCACUUUAUCAUCUCAUAAACUAAAUAUUAUUAGUUUUUUUAAAUGCUUCACCUUUGUAGUUACUAUAUGUCCACCUGCUCUCAGCUCUUACAGACACGAUGUCCUAGGUCAGUCAAAUUAACUUGUUUGAGCCGUUUCUAGGAAUGAAAAAUAAACGGACAGAGCAGGUCUUAGACGUACCCAUGAUUUGUAAUAACACCUGAGCAGCUUGAAGCUGUGAGAGACUGAAAGCCCGUUUCAAAGAAUAAAAAGCACAUAAAGCUAUAGAAACCUGAUCACUAGUAGUAAAAAGCUGGGGUUAAUCCCAGACACUUCCAGGACACGUAACAAAUAAUAAUUAAAGCACACGUAUACACAGGCUAAAAA